AAUUCGAUUCCAAAUCUCCUUUCAUCUACUAACCGCUCAACUUCUAAGCUUAAACCCCGCGAACGUCUUUUCCCUUUUGUUCAAUUCCAUUUUCGAACGUUCUUUAAUCUGCAUCUCAAGAAACUCUCAGUUCUUCGAUGGCGAAAUCUAAACCUUACACACAGUUUAUUUCCUGGUAGGUUUAAUCGCAAAUUGAGCAAUGUUCUUUAACGACUUGUUUCAACGGAGGCUGGCGUCUCUGCUGCGGCCAUGGCUUCGACAAGAACCGGAGUUGGAAUUCAAGCUAGGGUUUCUUCGUUCUCAUGGAAUCGCCAAGAACCUCAGCUUCGAUCCUUCGGUGCUCAACCAGUUACUCGAUGAGUCCACUCCUUUUUCUUUCAAAGACGUCAGAAUCGAGCGCUUGAGCCUUCGAGUAUCAUACUGGUCAGUCCCUACUUUCGCAAUCGAAGUUCACGGCGUCCAUGUCACUCUAUCAGUAGGAGAAGUGAACGAGGAUAGAGGAUUGAGACCGAGACCAAAACCAACUGAUACGUUUUUGGAGGAUAUGAAAAAGGUUCUUGCUCAAAUUGAUCCACAGGGUAGUGCUUUGCAUGACAUGGUGGAGAGGAUUUCGGACAUUGGUCCUUCGAUUUCUUGGUCAACCUCUCUCCUCAAUGUUAUAUUUAAUCGUUGCCGAUUGCAGAUCCAUGACAUUCAUCUCCAAGUGCUGUUUCCGAUCCUAAAUAGUUCCUUUGCAUGUUUGUGGGAGAUAAAGGAGGUUAAUGCAGAAUCUCAGUAUAUUGAGCAUGGCUGUUUCCUUAGAGGGAUCAUAACUUCACUCUUUUUGCCUCUGAAAGAGAGCACUCUUAGUCUUGACAUGAGAGGUUUCGAGAUUGGAUUGAAGAGUGAAGAUCGCAUCAGCUAUGUCUUACCUUCGUUGGACCUAUUCACUUAUAUCAAAUUGAAAGAUCUUCAGCUUAUAGACUUCAAUUUCAGCAUACCAGAAUUGAGAUUUUUAUUUUCUCCUUUAGACCUUCAUAUUAUCUUAGCAUUUGACAGACUCUCAUCCAAUAAAUCCAAGUGUGCUAGAAGUGGUAGGCAACUGUGGAAAAUAGCUUCAAGAAGAAUUUGUUCUUUGAUUUCAACUCCUAGAUUAUCAUGGCAUAAAUUAGUUGAUGAUGUUUGUCUAUGGUUACGUUAUGUCCAUGCUUACGAGAAUCUACUUUUACUAGUUGGAUAUCCUACGGACAACACUAUAAAAAGAUCUGUUGUUAUGAUGUCCCAGGACAACAUAUUUUCAAGAUCUCUUAAAAGCCAAUGGAAUUUGAUUUCUGAAUUUGAGAAGCUUCUUCCUGCUGAAGCUAUUGCACAGGCACGGCGAAUAACCCGUUAUAGAGUAGCAUUGGAUGUUCAGCAGGCCAAAGAUCAUUCCAAUGAAUCACUAGUCAAUAGUCACUUCCAGAAGAUCCUUCCAAGGCUAGCACUUAUUUGGAAUAUAAUUUGCAGCAUACUCAAUGCAAUUAUACACUCCCUUUUUCUGCAAAAGUUUUCUACUGACCAUCAAAAUAUGGGACGCUGUGGGGUUGUUUCAGAAGAUUCCUGCCUACAGCGUCGCUUCAGUCUAAGCAUGGGAAAAUUUUCAAUCAUGGUUUUUCCAGUAAAUGCAGCUCAGCCUCCUGCUGGUGGGAACCUAGCCUCAGAUGUUGGGAUAUCAUAUUCAGAGUUACUUUCAUUUUGUCUUUCAAUUGAUGCAUUUUUCUUAACACACACAAAAAACAUAUGUGAACAGUGUUAUUUCUUUACAUGUGGGCACUUGAAGAUUUUGUCAUCUGUUGUUGAAGAUGGUUCAUAUAAUAAUAAAAGUUAUUUGAAAGAAGUCCGGAAUAAGGAAGUUGAUGAUGCGAAGACUAUUCUAUGGGGUGAGCCUGCACAGAUGUUUUGUCCUGCUGAUACUAGAACUAGUUCUACCAAUGACACUGAAGGGAUUUCUAUCCCGUUUUUGGAGAAACUUCUCAGUGAAAUGUGUUUAAAUUGGAAAAAGUCUUGCGCAGAAUUUGAAAGGAGUAAGAUGCAGUAUAUGGAAAAUCCAUGGAUUCUCUGUGAGAUUAAAAGCUUUUUGACAGAUCAUGGCCUCAACAAUCUAAAUAGUGGGGUUUGGAAAUGCAGUUUGAUAGUGGGAAAAUUGAACUUUGUCUUGGAUUUUUUAUCCCUACUAUCAACUGCUCUACUUCUUAGACAGAUGCAACAUACCAUUUGCUGGGUUAAUAGCUGCAGGAGGACAAAGGUUUUUUCACCCUCUCCAACAACAUCUGAGGAUUCACCAGUGAUUGAUUCAGAUGGUCAGUGCGAAUCAUAUACUACCCGAAAUGAAGUGACAAUGCUUAGAAUGCUUCCAGUGAAACAUGUUCAAAUUGGUGUUUUCAUUGCUGGUCCUUGCAUCCAAAUAUCAAUGAGAAAGGAAUGGUUUCAUGGUGGGAAUGCAGAUCUGAAUCCUAUAGUUGCACCAGACCUUGUAUUUGACGUCCAAAACAUUGAAUUUGCUGUUUGGCCAUCUUUGAAAUCUGAUUUUGGAUCAAGUGGGUGUUCAGGGUUGGAUGAUGCGGGACCAGAUUGCCUUGGGUCGAUGGAUCCUCGAAUAAUUGAAAUCCCCAAAUCUGAUAAUGAAAUUUAUUCAUGUCAUGGGCUGGUUUCACUCUGUAUGUACCUAAAAGUAAAUGGUUUAAAUGCUUAUUUUGGUGACUCAUCAGAAAAUCAACAGAACCAAAUCAUUGUUCUAAAUCCUACAAUCGUUCGGUUAUCAUCAUUGAGGCAGGAUCUUUAUUCAUUUAGUACAGCAGUCGUUGCUUUCUCAGCAGCUUUGCAAGGGAUGGCUACUGGACUCACUUUUUUAUUGUAUAUGGAUGAGUUGUUUGUUUUGGUUAAGGUGAUGGUUGGCAUACUUUCUGCAGUGUCAUGUGCUUUUACUAGUUUUGAAUUUUUUGAUGGUGUUAAUUUUCAAGAAUUUUCGAGGCAAGAGAUGGUGUGUGCUGAUUCGGAAAGUGAGGGGACAUUCGUGAUGAUGGCAAAAGGGACAUCGUUGAUCUGUAUGAGAACUCUGUUUGCUAUUAAUGGCAGUUUCGAGUUUAAGUCAAUCGAUAUGAUUCUUCAUGAUUCUAGGAAAAGCAAUGACAUGGAAACUUUUACGAUACCUGUUGACGUUGAAAGUAGCAAAAAGUUGGCCAUGUGCAGUAUGCCUGAGUAUGGAAUUUGGGUUUCUAUUCUGCGAACGUCAUUGAACUUUUCUUUUGAACGAGGGAAAGUGGAAGCUUUCUCUGAUUUCUCUGGAAUUCGGUCUGUUAUUUUCAGGAAUCAGAGUGAGACUGGAAAAACCUCUGAUCAAUUUGAACUCAGACGUCUGCUGCAGCAUUCUCUGAAUUGCCUAUGUGAAGUGUCGCUUUCUCGUUGCACAUUUACUUUUUGGUUUGGAUACCUUCAUAAUGCCUUGCCUUCAGGAAGUGCGAGUAAUUCAGACGAGGGUUCUACUUCCAGAGGUAAUUGUUCAACGACCUUGGAAGAUUCACCUUUGGAUAUUGAUACUGAAAGGUCAAGGAUUCCGUCUUUAAUUUUUUUUCAGAAAUUGGGUUCUUCUCCAAAUGUCGUGGCCCUGGCAUCAAGUCACAAGUUAAUUGUAAAGAUUGUAGUUAGUGAGAUUUGUAUGGCCAGGUGCUCUCUAAAGAAUACACUGAUUGAAGGACACAUUUUGAAUAAUCUUGAGUCCUCAAUUAUCGUUGGGGGAGAAUUUCAGACAUUCUCAUGUCAAAUCCAGGGUGGUACUAUUUUCCUUGAAAUAUCCGCGCUGGCGAUGUUUGUUCAAUGGUGUGCUUCAUUCUCUCGUUGCAUCAGAAAUCUUCUACAUGUUUUACCGUCAACUCAGAAAGACAUAAUAGCUGAAACUGUGGAGGAUGUAGUUAUACUGGAUGCUCAGCCCAGCCAAGGAACGCAAAAUACAUUUCCACAAGUGCAAUGGGAACAGCUGGAAUUGUUCACCAUUGAUGUUUCUCAGUUUUCUCUCAUACUUGUGGCCGCAGAUGAAUCUGGCCUACUUCGCGAACUUCUGCUUGUGGCUGAUGUUCAUUUGAACCUUGAUUUGGCAAACAUGAACAGAAAAUUCUCGUUUGGUCUUUCUCGCUUGUCAAUUCUUUCUCAAAUCCUUCAGAAAUCUGUCGAACAGCGAACUUCUGAAACUCAAAGUCCUCAUUUUUCGUCUGCCUCAUCAAGUGAUUUGUCUCCUCACAUUGUACGCGGGGAUCCUACGGUAGAAUAUCAGCAUACAGAUGGGAUUCAUCCAGUUCUCGACCAUGCAAGUUGCUCAAGCCCUCCUGUUUCCCAGGACGAAUCUUUCGGGGAUAAUUCAAUACCUCAAUUCUUGCAUUUUAGUCAUAAAAACUAUAUCUUGAAACAGUUAGGUGCUUUCAUUUCAGUCCAGAUACCUGUAUCAGGAGACGAGAUCAGUCCUCUGCGCUUAAAUCAUGAUUGGGUCGGCAGUGGUUCUAUCACAGGCUUUGAUGUGACAAUCUCUCUGCCUGAAAUACAGAUGCUUUUAUCUACUAUUGAAUCCGUGGCUGGGGUUUUCAGCAAAGAGACAUCUGGCAAUGUGGAACAAAGAAACUGGUCAAAUAACCAAGAAUCUGACGGAAGAUUGGAAGAAGGAGUUCCUGAUGGAGCUAUUGUUGCAAUCCAAGAUGUCCAUCAACAUAUGUAUAUGACUGUUGAAGGUGUAGAAAACAAGUACAGUUUAGUUGGUGCAAUUCAUUAUUCACUUGUUGGAGAAAAGGCUCUUUUUAGGGUGAAGUAUCAAACUCAAAGGAGAUGGAAGUCGUCUGUUUUGUGGUUCUCCUUGAUUUCGUUGCAUGCUAAGAAUGAUUUAGGGGAACCAUUGCGAUUGAAUUAUCGUCCAGGAUCAGAUUUUGUUGACAUCUCCAGCACAAAUGAUAAUGGGUGGGCACUUUGGAGAACUCUUUCUUCUAAGCCUGAAAGUUAUGAGGGAGAUAUUGAGCUGGAGUCCCACAACCUUGUGGCUAAAAAUACAUUUUACCUUGUAAACAAGAAGAAUGACAGUGCUGUUGCUUUUGUUGAUGGGGUUCCUGAGUUCGUCAGCAAGCCUGGAAACUUAUUCAAGUGGAAAGUGUUCUGUGAUCUUUCUCCAGCUUGUGAUGCUGUGUUGCUAGAUAGCUACUCAUUAAAGGAAUCUACAAUUAGUCUGCAACAAAAUUCACAUGUGAAUAAAGAAAGAAGAAAUUUACCUUAUAUUGUUAUUACAAUUGAGAAAGUUACUUUGACCAUUGUUCAUGAACUUUCAGAUACAAUGGAAAAGUUUCCACUUCUCCAGGGAUCUAUCAGUGCUGAUGAAUUCAUUGUGCAAAUUCUAUUUGCUAAAGCCAGGAUGAUGUGCACAUUAAAGAUUAUGCUAACUUACUUUGAUUCCCGACACAAUUUAUGGAGAGAAUUAGUUCACCCCGUUGAAGUAAUUGUUUUCUAUCGCUCCAAGUUCCAAGUUCAAGAUUCAGAAACUUCUUUGCAUGGGGUGCCUGUUCAUUUUUAUGCUAGAAUUAAAGAGUUGGGGAUAUCAAUAACAGAGCUUUCGUUGGACAUACUUCUGUUUGUGAUUGGAAAAUUGAAUCUGGCGGGUCCAUAUGCAAUCAAAAGCUCCAUGAUUUUGGCCAAUUGCUGCAAGGUGGAAAAUCAUUCCGGCUUAAAUCUUGUUUGUCACUUUUAUGACAAUCGAGAAGCAACAAUUGCCAGAAAACAGUCAAGUACCAUUAUAUUAAGGCACCUGAAUUUGGUGAAUCAACCUCCAGAGGUGUAUUCAGUCUCAAUGAAGCUUGCUUGGCAAGGAGCCGCUUUAACGUUGCCAAUUCAUCUCUCUAUGUUAGAUGCUGGAGCACUUGCUUGGAGAACACGCAUUUUAUCAUUAAAAGAUUCUAAAACAUACCCAGGACCAUUUGUUGUGGUUGACAUUUCUAGAGACACAGAGGAUGGUUUGUCAAUUGUGGUUUCUCCUUUUUUAAGUAUACACAAUGAAACUGAAUUCUCGAUGGAGCUACGUUUUCAACGGCCUCAGCAAGAGGAAGCUGAGUCUGCUUCGGUAGUUCUUAAGGCAGGGGAUACAAUUGAUGAUUCUACUGCUGCAUUUGAUGCUAUGAAUUUUUCUGGUGGGUUAAAGAAGGCAUUGAUGUCUUUAAGUAUCGGUAACUUCUUAUUUUCGUUUAGACCUGAAAUUAUAGAUGGCUUAAGAAAUUUUAAGAAAUCACUUUCAGUGGAGUGGUCAGAAGAGCUUAAGGGCGGGAAAGCUGUUCAUCUUUCUGGAUUAUUCGAUAAAUUAAGUUACAAAGUUCGGAAGGCUUUAUCUGUUGAACCAGUGAGAUGUUCCUUCAGUACUGCACAUUGUUCGCUCAAAUCUCAAGAUGGGCAUGUUGCUGAUGUUCAUUUCCUGAUUCAGAGCAUUGGAAGGGAUAUACCUGUUGUAAAACCUCAGAACAAUGGAUAUACCCCUGGAAAUAGGAAUUUGCCAGUCGCAUUACGAGAGCAGAAGGAAAUUUUCCUUCUUCCCACUGUCAGGGUUUCUAACUUAUUGCAGUCAGAGAUACAUGUGCUUUUGACCGAUAGGGAUCCGUGUGCAGCUGUUAGCUGUGACGACAUUGGAAACCAGGCAACUAUUCCUUGUGGAUCAACUGUUGAUUUAUAUGCUAACCCAGCCACAAUAUACUUUAUUGUUACUUUGACUGCAUAUAAUUCAAGUUGUAAGCCAGUGAAUAGUGGUGACUGGGUUAAGAAGUUACAGAAGCAGAAAAAUAACGUGCAACAAUUGGACAUUGAUUUGGAAUUUGGUGGUGGGAAAUAUUUUGCUUCCUUAAGAUUGUUUCGUGGGUAUAGGGGCAUACUGGAGGUGGCUAUCUUUACGUCAUACACACUGAAAAAUGACACCGAUUUUUCUUUGUUUUGCUUUGCACCCAAUCAGAAGCCUCUAUCUAGGGAUGAUGCUGAAAAGCUUAGUUUCAAUAUUCCUCCAGAGAUUGGAUCUUUUUUGCCUCCAAAAUCCACUAGAUCGUGGUUCAUGAAAUACAACAAGGUGCACUUAAAAUUGUUGGAAGAGAAAGCAUCUGAGAUGUUAUUGGACUUGGACGCUCUAUCAGGUCCUACAGAGAUAGGCCUGGAAGUAGAGGAAAGAUCUGGAUUCAAACAUAUUGCAAAGUUGGGGUUGUCUUUAGGGCCAAUUAUGAGUAAAAUAAAUGUUCCAUCACAUAUAAUUUCUAUUGUCCCGCGAUAUGUUGUAUUCAAUGAAUCUGAGGAAAUUGUCCUUGUUCGUCAGUGUUAUUUGGAGGAUGGCAUGGAAGGGAUAGUUCCUAUUAACAGUAAACAGAAAAUAGCGUUACAGUUGCGGAGUGUAACAAGCAUGAAGAGAGAAGUGAGUGUUUUCGAGAACCUUCUCAGAAAACACAGAAAUUCUCAUGAUGAUUCAUUAGUAUUUAUUCAGUUCCGCCCAAACGAGGAUGAAUUGGGUUGGUCAGGGCCAGUAUGUAUUGCCUCAAUGGGACGUUUUUUUCUGAAAUUCAGAAGAUCCUUGGAUUCUACCAAACAACAUUCAAAUCAAGUAAUUUCACGCGGCAGUAUUUUACCGGAAUUUGCCGCUUUGGAUGUGGUGGAAGGAGGUUCUACUCUUGGUUUGCACUUCCAUAGGCCACCAAACAUCAAUCUGCCUUAUCGGAUUGAGAAUUGCUUGCAUGAGACAUCCAUCACUUACUAUCAAAAGGGUUCAUUGGAGCCAGAGAUUCUUGGAACUGGAAGCAGUGUUAAUUAUGUUUGGGAUGACUUGACUCUUCCUCAUAGGCUGGUUGUCCGAAUUAAUGAUGUGCAUCUGUUACGUGAAAUCAACCUAGAUAAGCUGCGGGCGUGGAAACCGUUUUAUAGAGUCGGGCUACACACAGGGUUGGGGUUUCACAUACCUUUGGGUAAAAAAAAAGGAGACCUGAAAAGAACAAAUUUUGGUGAAUCAAAUGGCAUUGAGAUGGUUAAUGUGGGAUAUGAAGUAUAUGCAGAUGGUCCCACACGAGUGUUGCGGAUUUGUGAGUUUUCUGGUAGUCACAAAGCGGAUACAGUGAUACACUCCAGUGGAAAAAUACAACUUAGAAUCUCAUAUUUUGCAAUCCAGUUACUUCAACAUGCUAAGCAGGAGAUAGAUGCAAAUGAGCCAUCAGUUUACACACCAAUCAUAAAUACAAGGCUUGAGAAUAUCAAUCUGGAUUCUGUGUUUACUGAUAUGCAUAAUUACAACCAGAUCAGGGUACAGUCAUUGAGUGUGGAUGAAAAGUGGGAAGGAGCUCCUUUUGCAGCAAUGCUUCGUAGGCAUCAAUCUGACUAUGGUGAAACAAAUGAUAAUAUACUCCAUGUAGUACUCGUCCUACUUACAUCCAGUUCCAAUGUCAAACAAGUCAAGUAUUCAUCAAUUAUUUUGCAGCCGCUUAAUUUGAACAUUGAUGAGGAGACACUGAUGAGAACCGUCCCAUUUUGGAGAACAUCACUCAGUGAUUCAAGUACUCAGAGUCAACAGUAUUACUUUGAUCAUUUUGAGAUACACCCAAUAAAGAUCAUAGCAAGCUUUCUUCCAGGCGACUCGUAUUCCAGCUAUAGCUCCACCCAGGAAACAUUGAGGUCUUUGCUGCAUAGCGUGAUAAAGAUCCCUGCUAUAAAAAAUAUGACUGUAGAGCUCAAUGGGGUUUUGGUAACUCAUGCUCUGAUAACCAUACGUGAAUUGUUUCUUAAAUGCGCACAACAUUAUUCAUGGUAUGCCAUGAGGGCCAUCUAUAUUGCAAAAGGAAGCCCAUUGCUUCCACCAGCUUUUGCUUCCAUUUUUGAUGACAUGGCUUCAUCCUCUCUUGAUGUCUUUUUUGAUCCUUCCAGAGCCCUGCUCAAUCUUCCAGGUCUCACCAUAGGUACAUUCAAACUCAUCAGUAAAUGUAUUGACGGUAAAGGAUUUUCAGGGACGAAACGCUAUUUUGGUGAUCUGGGAAAAACUGUGAAGACGGCUGGGUCAAAUAUACUAUUUGCUGCAGUUACUGAAAUAUCAGAUUCAGUUCUUAAGGGUGCAGAAACAAGUGGUUUUAAUGGAAUGGUCAGUGGUUUUCACCAAGGAAUAUUGAAAUUGGCUAUGGAACCAUCACUAUUGGGUACUGCUUUUAUGGAAGGUGGCCCAGAUCGAAAAAUUAAGCUUGAUCGAAGUCCCGGGGUUGAUGAGUUAUAUAUUGAAGGGUACCUGCAAGCUAUGCUGGAUACAAUAUAUAAACAAGAAUAUCUGAGAGUGAGGGUCAUUGACAAUCAGGUAUUCCUCAAAAACCUGCCCCCAAACAGUUCCCUAAUAGACGAGAUCAUGGACCGUGUGAAGGGCUUCCUUGAAAGCAAGGCAUUGUUGAAAGGAGAUUCUUCAACAGCUUCUCGUCCUUUACGCCAUAUUCGUGGAGAAAGUCAAUGGAAAAUUGGGCCAACAAUGCUGACUUUGUGUGAACACCUCUUUGUGAGUUUUGCAAUCCGUGUGCUGAGAAAGCAAGCUGGCAACGCUAUUUCAAAAGUGAAGUUGAAGAAAAAGUUGAAAGGAGAUGAUGAGAAAGCUGUGGUCCCUGCUUCGAAACAGAAAGUGAGGCUUGUGUGGAAGUGGGGAAUUGGUCAGUUUGUGUUGUCGGGAAUGGUUGCAUAUAUUGAUGGACGGUUAUGCCGCUAUAUUCCCAAUCCUUUGGCAAGACGGAUUGUAAGUGGCUUUUUGUUAAGUUUUCUUGACAAAAAGGACAAUGAAUGAAUUUAUACUGUAUGUGGUCUCUGAUUCUUACUAAAAGGCUAUAAGAUUCCAAUGGAAUACAAUGAUUCGGCCUCCGAUUUCUUUUCU